CAAUGCGUAGCAGGAUCCUCUUCUUUUUUAUUUUGUUUUUUUGAGACAGGGUUUCUCUGUGUAUAGCCUUGGCUGUCCUGGAAUUUGCUCUGUAGACCAGGCUGGCCUUGAACUCACAAAGAGCCACCUGCCUCUGUGUCUGCAGCGCUGGGAUUAAGCCAGCACUGCACAGCUCAGGAUUUUCUUAAGGACUAACUAGUAUUCCAUUAUACAUAUAUAAUCACAUUUUUCUUUACGAUCCAUCAUUGAUGGGUCAUUGCUAUCUUUUAGCAUUUGUGAACAAUACUGCAAUUAGCAUUGGUAUAUACAUAUCUUAUCCUGUUUUGCUUUACAUUCUCUUGUGAAAUGACUGGAUCAUAUGGCAAUUCAAUUUUUUUUAAAGACAAAGUCUUUCUACAUAGCCUGGUUGUUCUGGAAUUCACUAUGUAGACUAGGCUGGCCUUGAACUCACAAGAGAUCUGCUUGCCUCUGCCUCCCUAGUGUUGGAUUAAUGGCGUGCAUUGCUAGAUCCAGUUUGGCAAUUCAAUACUUAAUUUUUGAAGAUCUUUAGUAAUUUUCCACACAUCAUUUUCAAUUCCUACCAGAAGUGCACUAAAGUUCCAAAUUAUUUUUCUCUGUCUUCCUCCAGCUUUCCCUUCUGUUCUUCCUUCCUUCCCUCCUUCCGUCCUUUCUCUCUCUCUCUCUUUCUCUCCCUUCCUUUUAUUUUUGAAGCAGGGUCUCCAUAUGUACCCCUGGCUGUCUGGAACUCACCACAUAGAGCAGGCUGUCCUCGAACUAACAGAUGUGUCUGUCUCUGUCUCCCUUGUGCUGAGAUUACAGUCCUGUGCCACCACACCUAGUGCACGGUUCUGAUUUCUCCACCUCCUUACCAACCCUUGUUAAUUUUUGUUCUUUCUGUAGCAAGUGUAGUGUGUCUUCUGAUUGUGGUUUUGAGUUGAAAAAUGAAUGUUUGAAAUAAUUUUAGGGGUAUCCAGCAUUUCUAUAGAACCAGAGACUCAAAACUGAAGAAGGCUUUGUGAAGAUUCACACCCAGUUGGCAACAUAGAACUAACUGGUAUCCGGGAUAACAAUGCUGCCCUCAAGUGGGCUUAAAAAGUGAUAUUCUCUCUGUCUCUCCACUGGGCGGUGUCUCAGACCACAUCAUCUUAGAGCUGGUGUACACUGCCUCAGUGGCUUUGAAAGCCUUAUGUAUUAUCUUCUCGCGUUAUUAUAGGAGAGUCCUCAUCCAGUCUAACGUGCCACAUCACAACUCCCAAAUUGACGUCUUACACGGAUGUGUCUGACCUAUGGUGUCUAGGUUGCCUGCCUACACCUUUCCUGAAGGGGCCUUGGACUUCUGCUUUUACUUUAAGAGGUAUAGACUCAGUUGCUCACUUCUGAGAUACAAACAUGUUCAGAAGUCUUGGAGGCCUAGAGUAUUGAGAAGAGACAGUUGUGCUUGUUGGCUUUGUGUCAACUGGAUGCAAGCUAAAGUCACCUGGGAAAAGACUCUUAAUUGAGGAAUUGUCUCCAUAAGACUGGCCUGUAGGUCUUAGGUAACCUGUACUGGCUUAGAAUUCAUUAUGUAGUAGCUGAAGGUGACCUUGAACUUCCGAUUCUCUCACUUCUACUUUUUGAAUUUUGGGAUUACCAGGCUCAGUCUUUGUGAUGCUUAAGCUAGAACCCCUGAAUUCAUCCAUAGUAUGCAAGCAUUUUUGACAACUCAGCUAUAUCCUGAACCCAAUGGCAUACUUCUUAUGAAGGUCAGUCAGGAAGACUACAUGUAUGAGAAGAACCUGGUUUAGCCUGGGUGCAUAGUCCAACUGAGAUGGCAGAACUUGGAAGAAGCAGCUUGAGCCUGUAGAUUCUGACCAUGGUGCUGAACCGAGAACAAAAUGUGAACAUAUCAAUCAGCACUGUGGACAGCAACCAGGAAAGGCACCCUGUUGAGGCUGCAUCCUGUUGAGAAAAGCACAAUGGGAGGCAUCUAGACUCUGGACAUACCCACGGAAAGACGUAGGAUCUAGCAGGAGGCAAAGAAGCUUAAGGCAUGGGGCUGAGUCUGGGCUACGAGAAAGCAGUACUGGCAGGGACCAUCGCUGCGCCCACCAUCUGGGCUGAGCCAGAUUCUGUGGUCACCUGGAGGACAACUGUGAGCAUCUGGUGUCAGGGAAUCUUUGAGGCUCUGGAGUAUCAUCUGGAUAAAGAAGGAAGCCCGUCACCCUUGUAUAGACAGACUUCACCAAAGAACAAAAACAAGGUCAAUUUUACCAUCUCCUUCUUAGCAGAUCGUCAUGCAGGGAGGUAUCAUUGCUACUAUGUGAGCCCUGCUGGCUGGUCCAAGCGUAGCGACCCACUGGAGCUAGUGGUGACAGGAUUCUACAGAAAACCCACCCUCUCAGUCUUGCCUACCUCUGCAGAAAUCUCAGGAGGGAAGAUGACCUUUCAGUGUGAUUCCUCGAUGGGAUAUGAUAGGUUCAUUUUGACUGAGGAAGGAGAACACAGUUUAUCCAGGAUAAUACAUGCACAGCAUGUACCCAAUAGGCAGUUCCAGGCCCUGUUCCCUGUGGGUCCUGUGACACUCAGCCAGAAAUGGACGUACAGAUGCUAUGGCAAUUACAAGAUCAAUCCAUAUGCGUGGUCAGAAUCCAGUGAUCCCUUGGAGCUCCUGGUGUCAGACUCACAUUCCCAGGACCACAGUGUGGAGAAUAUCGUUCGAAUCACUUUGGCUGCUUUGGUUCUGGUGAUUCUUGGAAUUCUGCUGAUUCAUGCUUACCGUAUGCAGAGAAGGACAUCAGAGCAUAAUGGUUAUAUUUAGGCAAGAAAGAGGACUCACGCAAUGGAAGAUAGUUGAAUGACAGGAAGAAUACAAGCAAUGCACAAUGAUACAAAUACACAAAACUAUUAUGUUGAAACCUGUUCUCUUGUACAGUUAAUAAA